UAAAUAUAACGAACUUGUCCAUCCACGACAGUACCUAAGUCAGAGCUGUGAUAACAAAGGUGAUAUAAAAUGUGUGAUCAAAUUUUUGAAGAGUGGGAAGAAUUAACUCAAGAGUACAAUAAAUUAGAAAGUGUAAACGAAGAAUAUAUAAAAAAACUACAAGAAAUAACUUCUAUUCAGCAAGCAUGUUUGAAAUAUAUUGGACAUCAGAGAUAUAGAAUGAAAACUUUAACACAAAACUUAAAAGACACGAAAACGGAUGAAUCAAUUCAAAAACUGAAAGAGGGAAUGAUGAAGAGGGAAACAGAACUGCAGGAGAUCGAAAAAACUUUACCCAGACAAAGUGAAGGAUUUCUGAAAUUUAUACUAGGUGGCAUCGAUGUUUCAUUUCUCAAUAAAGACGAUAAAUUCAAAUAUAAGGACGAAUAUGAAAAAUUUAAACUCACCUGUCACUUUGUAGCUUUCGUUUUGUGUUUAGUUCUUCUGAAUGUUAACUCGAAACCAUUAGAACAGUUUUAUCUGGGGUUUCUAAUAUGGUACUACUGUGCAAUUUCGAUACGCGAGAGUAUUUUGAAAGUAAACGGUUCCAGAAUUAAAGUAUGGUGGAGAAUACAUCACAUUUUAUCCUUAUUGGGCUCCGGUAUUAUGCUGGUGUGGUCUGAAAAUGAAACUUGGAAUGAGUUUCGAAAUCAGUUUAUCUGGUACAAUAUUUAUAACUCUUUCAUACAAUAUCUACAAUUCAAAUACCAACGAGGGGCACUAUACAGACUCAAAGCCCUUGGAGAAAUGCAAAAUAUGGAUAUUACAAUAGAGGGUUUUCAAUAUUGGAUGUGGAGAGGUCUAACAUUCCUUCUACCCUUUCUUUUUAUUGGAUAUAUUUUCCAGUUAACAAACGCCUUUGUUCUAUUCAAUUUGAGCUACCACCCCCAGUCUACAUGGCAGUUAUCCGCAACUGCUUAUCUGUUUUUGGUGUUAUUCAUUGGAAACACUACGACUACAAUAAUGGUUGUGCCGAGCAAAUUGAAGCAGAAACUGAUGCUGAAGAACAGAGUUAUGACACAGAGGGUUUACAAUAGACUACUCGAAGCUAUUAAAAAGGACCAUAAUAGUUAAAAAAA